AUGGCCGAGUCCAGAUUUGAACGCAACGGCUUUGGCUCGCGGCGGUGGCGGGUGCGGCACGUGGGCGGGGCGAGGCGACGCCCUAGCCCCUCCCCUCCUGGAGGGGGAGAUUGGGAGGCGGCGUCUGGCGCGAGAGGAGCAGCGUCGGGCGCGUCGCUGGUCAAGCAGGAUCAAUCCCCCCCACCCCCUGUCGGCCAGGGGUGGAGAUGCGCGAGGCCGCCCGGGAGAGUCGCGCGGCGGCGGCGGGCGGGUGAGGAGGACCGAGGGAAGAAGCGGGAGAGAGCGAGCCGGCUUUCCCGCCCAGAAGCAUCCCUGAAGGGCGUCGAGGGCUGCGCUGGUCCGUCGCGGGGUGAGGGGGGACGGGAAGGACUCGGGGCCAAAACCGCCUCACUGCUGAGGCGAACCGUCGCGCUUUUCUCCUCAGACCCCCUUCACAGCUUUUAAACGCGGGAGUUGGUAGGGCAGUAGGAAUUCAACAGGUGCAGCACCGGUGCGCGCCACGUGUCCGGAUUUUCCCGGACUUCAGGGAGGUAUCCACGCGUCCCUCAAUUGAAAGUCCUAGUUUGUAAAAAAGAAAAAAGAAAAGAAAAGAAGAUUGACAGCUUUGGGGUUUGUUUUGUCUUGGACCCUCAACAAGUCCAACAAAACUGGAUUUUUCGAUGGACUUGUCAAGGGUCCAGGACAAAACCGCCCCCAAACUGUCAACCUUUUUUUUUUUUUUACAAACCCCAAAGUUGUCAAUUUUUUUUUCUUUCUACAAAAAAAGGACUUUCGAUUGAAGGGGAUCCUGAAGUCCUGGGAAAUCUGGACACAGCAUCCCUGGUGUUGCACUAUAUAUAUAUAUAUAUAUAUAUAUAUAUAAGCUUGACAGCUUUGGGAUUGGUUUUACUCUUUUGAAAGAUGGCAACCUUAAAACGCAGUAGCUGCAGGACGGCAGAAAUUCGACAGGUGCAGUAUUCUCCCUCAUCGAUCAGGGAAAGCUUCCUUAAUCCUGCCUUUCUCUUUCUCUAAGCUGAUCAGAAGAGUACAGAGGUCUCACCAAGGAAAGCACCGCCACGAAAAUAAAGCACUCCAGUCAUUUCUUAACAGUGGGUAUGUACAUUUCCUUGUUGUCCUUCGGUCUCGUCGGUUUCCAAGCGAUGGAAGAGUUUUGGGAUCGGCAAUGACGAAUAUCCCUUAGUUAUUAAGGCGUAAUGCUUUCUGUGUGCAGAGAAACGAGCGAUGGGAGGAAAUUCACAUGGAAGAAACAUGAAAGCUAUUCUGCUAGGAUGCGUAAUCCAUGUGGAUUUUGGGGGUGAAAUAAUCUGAAAGAGUGGUGGGCAGGAUCUAAGUUUCUAAUUGCCAGUUUUUGUGCGUGUUGAUGUAAUACCUUGGAUGUUCUUUCUUGGGUGUCUCAGAAAGGCAGCUCACCUGACAUUACCACCUUUUCCAUUGCGGUAGACUGCAUGUAAUUUCUGUGGACAUGCAAAGUGUAAGGAAGGUUUCUUUAAAAAUAGGAAACAUAUUGUUUAGUACUGUACUGGGAAUGGUCCCACUAAGCAACUACCGUAUUUUUUGCACCAUAACACUCACUUUUUUCCUCCUAGAACGUAAGGGGAAAUGUCUGUGCGUGUUAUGGAGCGAAUGUGGUAAAUAGGUUUUGGAAUAUUAGAAAUUCUUUCAAGGGCCACUUCACAAAUGAUUAUAUCUCUAUGGAUAGCACUUCAGUUUAUGCUUCCUAUGUUUGACCAGGUAUAUAAUGUUCUACAAUUACCUUAUUUUUGAACAGAUUUGUUUACUUCUUUACUUGAUGCUGUGGCUGCUGUUUAUAUUAAACGGUCAUUGCACUUUCCUAGUUGAUGAGGAAAUGGUUCUUGUAAUGCUGUGCUUGUCAUCAACAACAUAAACUUAUACGAAUCGGGGGACAGCAUAUGCAAAGUGCGACAGCUGAAUUUACUUAAAAUAGAAAAUGGCCUUGGGUCACAUCUCAGUCACCUCCCCCCAAAUAAUAAAUCUUAGUCCUUUAUGUGAGCAGAGCUACGGUUGCUCAAAUACUGGCUCACACUGACAUAGCUAUACUACAGCAUCAUCUUGUGUGGACAUAUCUCCUGUCUUAGCAGCCUCUUGGUUACAAUCCUGUGAUAGCAACCUACAAGCACAGUACUUAAACAGAGGGAUUUUAAAAGCAUAUCCAUUUCUCCUCCCUCUGCCAAAGACAUGUCCGCUGCUACUAUACAGAGUGUUCACCAGUGUUUCUAGUAUGAAAGCAAUAACGCUCUUCUGCAUUAGUGCUGUCAGAGUACUAGUCCUGAAGAUUUUAUCCAGGUAUAUGUAGGUUUCCAAAUGUCCUGGAAUGUGACUAAUCAAUAAACCAUGCAUGCCCACAGGAAGAAAGCACACAGAUGUGGUGUUGUGGUCCACACUUUAUGUGUGAAUUAUAAUCUCAUACCACUGUGCUGUUCUAAAACUUGCUUUAAAAAAGCCCUGCUUAGACAUACUCUUUGCUGGCCACAAGGCUUUUAGGGAUGGCUAUUGUUAUAUUAUAACUCUUUCCUGGCUUUCUACCUCAAUCUGUAUGCAGCAUAAUGGCAACAGAUCACAAAAUACAAACCUGUGUUGCAUUGCCUCCAGUCAUGCCACCGUUACCGCCUUUGGCUCUGCAGAAUGACUUUAUUGUACAUGAUUAUAUUUUUGCAGUAACUAGGGUUAGGCCAUAUUACAAGCUGCAGCAUUUCAGUGGCUUGGUAUUUUUUGUUCUGGAGCCAGCAUAGGUAGUUGCUGGUCCUGUGGUUCCUAGGAUCAGGUUGCUGAAGAGGUUCUUCUUGGCCUCCAUUUUACUAAAGGUUUCCAGUCAAAACAUUUUGCUUGUGCAUACAUAUAUCUGUCACCAGGCUCAGUUAGUUGAUCAGAGCUGAGUGGUAGCAAGCUGCUUUCGUUUUACACCUGCUGACUUGACAUAUGUACCUGCCAGGGAUAGCUAGUGUGGUGCCCUCCCAUCAUCAUAAAUCCGGCUGGGACUGAUGGGAGUUGGAGUCCAACAACAUCUGGUGAUGGGGGUCCAAUUGGCAGCACCACAGUGUUUCUCAAGUGUUUUGUACUUAACUUGCCUAUCUAAACUUUCUUUAUGAAAACUUUCCUUGUACUUGAAGACCUGUGGAGCAGAGCAAGGUGUGUCCGCCCAUUCUCAUUUCAUUCUUGUGUGCAGCUUAAAUUCAACCAAAUCCAGCCCUGGUCUGGGGUGGGGGGAUUCUGUGAUUAACCUCUAGUGUGUGUCCCAUCUUUCGGCAGGUGCAUUGUAUCCUUGGUUGUUUCAGUUUGAGGAUCUAGGUCUAGGACUCGGUAUUGGAAGGUGGUACAGGAUCAGUAUAGGGAUUUUCCUAGAAAAUAUACGUAGAACUAGGCGAUAUCUGGUUUUCAACAUCGCGAUAUAUCACCCGCUAAAUAUCAUGAUAAUAAUAAUAAUAAUAGUAAUAAUAAUAAUAAUAAUUUAUUAUUUGUACCCCGCCCAUCUGGCUGGGUUUCCCCAGCCACUCUGGGCGGCUUCCACAGAAACCAAAAAUACACUAAAAUCACACAUUAAAAACUUCCCUGAACAGGGCUGCCUUAAGAUGUCUUCUGAAUGUCAGGUAGUUGUUGAUCGCUUUGACAUCUGAUGGGAGGGCGUUUCACAGGGCGGGCGCCACUACCGAGAAGGCCCUCUGCCUGGUUCCCUGUAGCCUUGCUUCUCGCAAUGAGGGAACCGCCAGAAGGCCCUCGGCGCUGGACCUCAGGGUACGGGCAGAACAAUGGGGGUGGAGACGCUCCUUCAGGUAUACUGGGCCAAGGCCGUUUAGGGCUUUAAAGGUCAGCACCAAUACUUUGAAUUGUGCUCGGAAAUGUACUGGGAGCCAAUGUAGGUCUUUUAAGACCGGUGUUAUGUGGUCUCGGUGGCCGCUCCCAGUCACCAGUCUAGCUGCCGCGUUCUGGAUUAGUUGUAGUUUCCGGGUCACCUUCAAAGGUAGCCCCACGUAGAGCGCAUUGCAGUAGUCCAAGCGGGAGAUAACCAGAGCAUGCACCACUCUGGCGAGGCAGUCCGCGAGGCAGAUAGGGUCUCAGCCUGCGUACUAGAUGGAGCUGGUAAACAGCUGCCCUGGACACAGAUUUGACCUGUGCCUCCAUGGACAGCUGCGAGUCCAAAAUGACUCCCAGGCUGCGCACCUGGUCCUUCAGGGGCACAGUUACCCCGUUCAGGACCAGGGAAUCCUCCACACCUGCCCGCCUCCUGUCCCCCAAGAACAGUACUUCUGUUUUGUCAGGAUUCAACCUCAGUCUGUUAGCUGCCAUCCAACCUCCAACCGCCUCCAGGCACUCACAUAGGACCUUCACUGCCUUCACUGGCUCUGAUUUGAAAGAGAGGUAGAGCUGGGUAUCAUCCACAUACUGAUGAACACCCAGCCCAAACCCCCUGAUGAUCUCUCCCAGCGGCUGCAUAUAGAUGUUGAAAAGCAUGGGGCAGAGGAUAGAACCCUGAGGCACCCCACAAGUGAGAGCCCAGGGGUCUGAACACUCAUCCCCCCCCCCCCACUUUCUGAACACGGCCCAGGAGAAAGGAGCGGAACCACUGUAUAACAGUGCUCCCAGCCCCUCAAGACGGUCCAGAAGGAUGUUAUGGUCGAUGGUAUCAAACGCCGCUGAAAGAUCCAGCAGAACUAGGAAACAGCUCUCACCUUUGUCCCUAGCCCGCCGGAGAUCAUCAACCAGUGCGACCAAGGCAGUUUCAGUCCCAUGAUAAGGCCUGAAUGAUAUCUUUAUAUAUCCCAAUAUGUAUCUGGGGUGGUGGUGGGCCUUGCUGGGCCUCACCGCGGGGCCAGAGGGUCCUGCCAUACCUCUCUGCAGUGGCAGAGGGUGUACCACACUUCUCAGUAGUGGCGCCCACCCUGUGGAACUCCCUCCCAUCAGAUGUCAAGGAAAAAAACAACUGACUUUUUUAGAAGACAUCUGAAGGCAGCCCUGUUUAGGGAAAUUUAUCACAUUAUUAUUAUUAUUAUUAUUAUUAUUCUGUUGGGAGCCACCCAGAGUGGCUGAGGAAACCCAGCCAGAUGGGCAGGGUAUAAAUAAUAAUAAUAAUAAUAAUAAUAAUAAUAAAUAAUAAUAUUUGUUCCUGAUAGUGAUGUCUACUGUGUUAGCCACUUAGACAAAAUGAUUAGAUGAUUAUCUUUUCAAAGAAGAAUACAAAAAAAAGUCAACAACAUGCUUGUCAACUGAUUUGUUGCAAUUAAUAUACAACUCAUAUUUCCACAGGGAUCUUCGGAGUCUGACUUGCUACCCUUCUAUAUACUGA